AUGAGUGACGGCUACCAUAAUAUACCCGCUGGUGCUCAGGUUGAGCCAAAGCCUUUCCAGAUCUCCAUCCCGGAGGAGAGAGUUGCUGAGCUCAAGCAGCUCGUCAAGCUGGGCAAGGUCGCGCCGCCAACCUAUGAGUCUACUCAGAAAGAGCACAACUAUGGCAUUGGUCACCAGUGGCUUACCGAUGCCAAGGCAGCUUGGAUUGACUUUGAUUGGCGUGCCGUGGAGAAGCAUCUCAAUUCGUUCAACCACUGGACUGUACCCGUCAAGGACACCAAGGGCGAGUUUACAAUCCACUUCACAGGACUGUUCUCAGCCAAGCCCGACGCUAUCCCCGUGGUCUUGCUACAUGGCUGGCCUGGCAGUUUCUUGGAGUUCCUGCAGAUUAUCUCCAUCCUUAAAGAGCGUUACACCCCAGAGACGCUGCCUUAUCACAUUGUAGUUCCUUCUUUGCCUGGAUAUGCCUUCUCAAGCCCGCCUCCUCUGGAUCAAAACUUCGAUGCCCAGGAUAUUGCCCGUGUGGUCAACACCCUCAUGAUCCAAUUGGGUUUUGGUAAUGGUUAUGUUGCGCAGGGAGGUGACAUUGGGAGCAAGGUCGCUCGCUCGCUCGGGGCUACUUACAAGGAGUGUAAAGCCGUUCAUAUCAACUUCUGCAUCAUGCCCGAACCUGAAGGCGCAGGUGAGGUCACAGAGGCAGAAAGGAAAGGUCUCGACCGUACCAAUGAAUUCAACACUCUGGGUACUGCUUACGCCUUUAUGCAUGGCACUAAGCCCAGCACAAUUGGACUCGUUCUGUCGACGUCUCCUCUCGCACUGCUAGCCUGGAUCGGCGAGAAGUUCCGCGAUUGGUCCGAUGAGACUCCUUCUCUCCAAGAGGUUCUCACCUCAGUCUCUCUGUACUGGCUAACCGACACCUUCCCAACAUCCAUCUACACCUACCGCCAGCGCUUUGACUCAGGCAAUGUCGGCGCGAACGACCACCCGGAUUGGAAGAUCAACAAGCCAAUGGGCUAUAGCUGGUUCCCGUACGAGCUCGCUCCUAUCCCCAAGAGCUGGGUAGCGACAACUGGCAAUCUGGUGUUCCAUCGUGCGCAUGAUCGUGGUGGUCACUUUGCUGCACUCGAGCAACCAGAGUUACUGUUGAGGGAUUUAGAGGAUUUCGUGCAGCAGAUCUCAGACGAUGGGUCUCUGAAGGUCCAGUGA